AUGGCAUUUUCAAUUUUGAGAAAUUGUGCGAGAUUCGGUAAACAUGUGGGUAGCAAGAAUGCCGUGAUAGAAAAUGUUCUGAAGAAUGCCAAAAUGGAGACCAACAGGAGCAUGUUACCAUGUAGAUGCUCUUCGCAAAUGAUCAUUUCUCCCACAAAUCAUUUGACCACGAGAGAAUACAGCAAACAUGCUAAACACACACAUGCUGAGAGGAAGUAUCAGUCUGAUUCUGAAUCGGAUAGUGACUUGGAAUGGAUUGGACACAGGGGCGAAUCUGACUUUUGGCGAAGAAAAAUCCGAACAUUCCAUGGAAUUUUGGAUUUGAAUAGGGACGGCGUUAUAUCAUUUGACGAUUUCAAAAUUCUGUCUGAACGUUUCAUAAACUUGGGACACUUGGAGAAAGCUCAAGUAAAAAAAUUUCAGGACCUUCUACAGGAUCUGUGGGAGAAACAAUUUGGAGAAAUCAGCCCCUACAAUCUGGUGUCUGUUGAAAAAUAUUUGGAAAAUAUGCAUCAUGUACUGAAUGACAAAAAUUUAGUGAGGAAAGCACAUUCAUUCCUCCCAUAUCUUUUCAAAGCAGUUGAUAAAGAUAGAUCUGGAGCAAUCACCGUAGAAGAAUUCAAACUGUUCUUCGAUGUCCUAGGCUUGAAUGAGCAAGAUGCCAUUUUGGCCUUCCGAGCUAUAGAUUCCAAUGGCGAUGGGAGAAUUUCACAAAAAGAAUUCGUUAGGCAUGGUAGGGACUUUUUUGUUACAGAAGAUGAGGAUAGAAUAAGCAAGUAUUUCUGGGGACCUCUGGUAGAUCAUUAG